UUCACAAACAACUCCACGCUGUUUUGUGGUUCUGCAGGUCCCCAAAGGAACUGACCAGAACUGGGCUCAGAAGCUCUAUGACCGACACUCUGGCAGCCAGCACUUCCAGAAGCCCCGCAUGUCCAACACGGCCUUCAUUGUCGUGCACUUUGCAGACAAGGUGGAGUACCUUUCCGAUGGCUUUCUGGAGAAAAACAGAGACACGGUAUAUGAAGAGCAGAUCAACAUCCUGAAGGCCAGCAAGUUCCCACUAGUGGCUGACUUGUUUCAUGAUGACAAGGAUUCUGUUCCUGCCUCCACCACAUCUGGGAAGAGCUCAUCUUCAAAGAUCAACAUUCGCUCCUCCAGACCCCCCCUGAAAGCCCCCAACAAGGAGCACAAGAAAACCGUGGGCCACCAGUUCCGCACAUCCCUGCAUCUUCUCAUGGAGACCCUGAACGCCACAACGCCGCACUAUGUCCGCUGCGUUAAACCAAACGACAAGAAGCUCCCCUUCCACUUUGACCCAAAGAGAGCAGUGCAGCAGCUCAGAGCAUGCGGGGUGUUGGAGACGAUCCGAAUCAGUGCAGCCGGCUACCCGUCCAGGUAAUGUGCCCACCAGCCGCGCCCUCCAGCAGCAGCCA